AUGCUUCGGCAGGACAACACCAUUGAUUUGGUUCGCAUAGCACAAGCAGCUCUGAGGCUAGAGGAUAUCCAUUCUUACAAUGAGGGCAUGGAUCUCGAUCCGCCAGCGAUAUCGACUAUUCUGUCGACACCACCUCCGACAGACUCUGUUUCGAAGAACAGCGCGCAAUACCGACAGUGUACCGCAACUGAAACCCCCAAUCAAGCCAACAGACGUUCAUUCGAUGAACAGGAACUGACCAGAUCAGAACGGAUAACAGCUGUUCAGCGGAUGGGCUUAUGCCCGGGUCAAGAGGACAACCACCCACCGUGUUCAGUCAUUCCACGAAGGAAAUAUUGUGCUCAAUCGCCAUUAAAUGCAGACUAUGAGGACAUUAUGUUGCUCGAUUCACCGGAAUCCACCCAGAGGGAUGUGCUGGGCACCUCGAAGAUGGCAGACAACACCCAGGAAAGUGACAGCCUCAGUCUUUCGUUGCAGCAUAACAAGCGAUCCUCGUGUUCGCGACUCUCAAUCGCAUUGUCUCACCGAGAUACAGACUCCUCUUCCCUCCUUCUGGGCUCUUUGUCAACCUUCAUGGAGACUCGGGGAGUCAGCAAGCCCAAAAGCCCCGUGAGCAGUCCAUACUUUUCCCAACCGAGGAACGAGAACCGGCACAAGGCACCUAGACCUGAAUGCUCAUCGAUUACGACUACCUCAAACCAAACCCCCUCACAAGGGUCUCUUCAUUUCAUACAUGAGAUCCCGUCUCCAGAAAGUAUUCUACAGGGAGAUCAAGUCUCGGCUCCGGCGUUGCUUUUCCUAUCAUCCAGUCUUCUCAAAACUCACACUCAACUCAUACACCAUCUCGAAACAAGUACCCCGGCCCCAAGAAUCCUCUACAGAGAAUACAUCCAGACUCCACCUCCAACACCAACCAUCCAAACCACUCACCAACAUCCCAACAUCCUACCCGAAGCAGACGUGAUCAUCUCCCCAACCACAGGAAUCGUCCUAACAACUUCCCAAGCCGUGACACAGCUUUAUCUUCCCGGCCACAAGCCAAACGACCCGCGCAUCACAGCUAUAAAAGAGAUCAAUUCUCCACUACGCGAGCGUAUCGUCCGUCUUCUUCCUCGCUACGAGCGUCUCUACAUUCUCAUCAGCCAUGCUGGAAAGGCAAUCCACACAGAAGGAAAAACGCACCCACUGACAAAAAUUGAUGUGCUGACUCUGCAGGGGAUCUGCUCCCUUUCCGGAUUCUGUGUAUCGUUCUCGAAAGAAACUACCGUCGUCCCGCUGCUGGUCCAGUCCUCUCCGGAGAUAGUGACGGAGUGGAUUCUUAGUCUGGCUGCCAAACACCGCGCACCAGUAUCCAGUACAAGAACGCAGUCGCUCAGCAACGUGAUUCCAGAGAGGCUGGAUUAUAUCCAUGAUCAAGAAAGUCGCUGGGAGAUCUUCCUUCGGCAGAUCGGUCUCAAUCCAUUCGCUGCGCGAGCCGCACUGGACAUAGGUUUGAAUCAUGCAGCACUGGAAGACAAGUACCGUGAUACUACCAUCACCGCCCUCGACUCGAGAGAGGUGGAACCAUCCCCUUUCGCUGCGUUUAUCGAGAUGUCCUCUGAGCAUCGGAUGGCGCGUUUCGGACCGUUGAUUGGGUGUCGUGUGCUCAAGAGAAUCGAGACUGCUGUUGAACCUUUGUGA